GUCAGCAGAGUAAGAGUGAGCGAAGGCAGAGGACUGGGAAAUGGAGCGGAGCCCAUAGUUUCUUCUUGCUGUGAGGCUCUUUCAAAGGGGAAGGGGAGCUACGUGAAGAGAAAAUGUACCUGCCACUGCUCUUUCUCCUUGUUUCCUGGCUUCUGGGCUGCUGCACUGCAGAAAGGGCUAUCACUGGCCCUAGGACAGUGCGUGGCCCAGAGCAGGGCUCCCUGACCGUGCAGUGUGCAUAUGCUGCGUCGUGGAAGACCUACAACAAGUGGUGGUGUCAAGGCGCACGUUGGAGCAGCUGCGAGAUCCUUGUUGAGACCAGCGCCAAAGAGCAGAAGGUGAGGAGGGGCCGUGUGUCCAUCACGGACGACCAGACAAACUUUACAAUCAUGGUGACCAUGGAGGAUCUCAGGAUGAGUGACGCAGAUGUGUAUUGGUGUGGAAUCGAGAGAACUGGAAUAGAUCUUGGGGUCGAAGUUCAAGUGACAAUUGACCCAGCACCAUCUACAGUGUUGACCACGGUACCUACCACCUCCACUGCAACCACAUUUUCAGCAUCCACCUCCGUGGAGGAGACCAGCUUCUUCACGACUCUGAUCAACGUGAAUGUCAGGCACAGAGUCAUAGAAGUCAGCAUCCUUCUCCCAGUCAUCUUUGCUGCCUUGCUGCUUCUCUUGGUGGCAGCCUCAGUCUUGGCUUGGAUGAAAAUGAAGCGACAGAAGAAAGCGGCUGAGCCAUCCGUGGAGAAGCCUCAGGAAGAUGAACUCUGCUACGCAAACCUGUCCCUGCACCAGCCAGGAGCCUCCUCCAGUUCGUCCCAGCACAAGGCCUCCAUCAAGCCUUCUUCCGCUGGCCAGGAGGAAGUGGAAUAUGUCACCAUGGCUCCCCUUCCCAAGACGGAGGUUUCCUACGCCUCUCUGUCUUUGGACGCUUUGCAUCAGGAGCCAACCUACAGCAACACCCAUAUUCCCGGCACUGGCCCCGAGACGACCACAGAAUACAGCAGCGUCAGGUGGCCCUAGCCUCUGCUUACAGCCUUUCUCCUGGACCUGGACAAUGUCUGCGAGCAUGUUCCUGUUCGUCUGCUUUCUGUACCUGGCCCCAAGCAAGUCCAACUGGUGCUUGAGACUCUGGGAUCAACCAGCAUAGUUCCCCAUCCCUGUCCCUCCUCCCCCAGACUUGGGAAGAGGCUGAGGGCACACUCUGGGAAUGCCAUGGGAAUUGUAAUGGUGAUAAUGAUAUUAAGAGUAGUUAACUUUUA